AAGAUAAAGGGAAAGCAAAACCCAAUAGCGCAAGUCAGCAGUCCAGUACAGAAGUGAGUCCUUUUCUUCCCAAACCUGGAGUGGCAGCAGUGGCACCUGUAACACCUGCCUCGUCCUCCAAGAGCACGAAUGGAGCUCCUAACACGGUUUCUGAGUCAGAAGAGGAAAAAGCCAAAAAACUGCUUUACUGUUCAUUAUGCAAAGUGGCUGUGAAUUCCCUGUCACAACUAGAAGCCCACAAUACAGGCUCCAAGCACAAGACCAUGGUAGAGGCUCGGAAUGGUGCUGGUCCCAUCAAGUCUUACCCUAGACCUGGAUCCCGGCUGAAGGUGCAGAACGGCAAUAAAGGCUCAGGACUGCAGAACAAGACGUUUCAUUGUGAAAUAUGUGAUGUCCAUGUUAAUUCAGAAAUUCAACUUAAACAGCACAUUUCCAGCCGAAGGCAUAAGGACAGAGUUGCAGGAAAGCCUAUGAAACCUAAAUACAGUCCUUACAACAAACUUCAGCGCAGCCCGAGUAUUUUAGCAGCAAAGCUUGCAUUCCAGAAGGACAUGAUUAAGCCGCUGGCACCCGCUUUCCUUUCAUCUCCUCUUGCUGCGGCUGCAGCUGUGUCGUCGGCUCUGUCCCUUCCUCCCCGUCCCUCUGCCUCCUUGUUCCAGGCACCUGCAAUACCACCAGCUCUCCUCAGGCCAGGCCAUGGUCCCAUCCGGGCAACACCUGCCUCCAUACUUUUUGCACCAUACUAA